AUGUUCGCGGAGAGAAUCGUCUCCAGUCUGAACUACGCCAGUCGACCAGUUCGCCACGAUUCUGUACCACAGGCACACAAAAACACAUUUCAGUGGGCUUUCGACUCGCGUCUAUCGAAGUGGUUUAACUCUGGAAGCGGCACCUUCUGGAUUUCAGGCAAACCGGGGUCUGGGAAAUCGACCUUCAUGAAAUUCAUCGCAAAACACUCCCAGACAAAGGACUUACUUACGCGUUGGGCGGGCUCAGCAGACACUCUCGCUGUAGCGGUGCAUUUCUUCUGGAUUGCGGGGACGCCGAUACAGAAAUCAUGGCAGGGACUGCUCCAGUCUCUGCUCUUCGAUGUCUGUCACAAACAUCCUUCAGUCGUCCCACUGAUCUGCCCCAGCCGUUGGGAAGCUGCGAAAGCCGGACGCUGGCAGACUGCCGCAGAACCGUGGUCCGUUCCUGAGCUUACGGCCGCGCUUCGGGCACUAGCAUCAGCGGACAACAUACCACUGAAGAUAUGCUUCUUCAUCGAUGGGCUCGACGAGUACGACAGCGACCAUGCUGAGCUCUGCAAGGUUCUCUGCGAUAUGGCAGAUUCUCUCCAUAUUAAAAUGUGUGUGUCAAGUCGUCCGUGGGCUGUAUUCGAAAGGAGCUUUGGUGGCGAAAGCAAGGAACGACUAGAUAUCCACGAAUUGACCCGGAACGACAUCCGGGAGUUUGUAGGUGAUCAGCUCCGGACCCAUCCUAAGUGGGCUAUGAUCGAGUCUGAAACAGUAACCUCCGAGAAAUCUGGGCUUAUAGAGCAGAUCGUGAGAAAGGCUGAUGGCGUGUUUCUCUGGGCUUUCUUCGUAACACGAUCACUACGGGAAAGUCUAUCCAACGGCGACAGAAUUAGAGAUCUGAGCCAAUGCCUAAGUGGGUUACCGACUGAUCUAGAGCAGUUGUUCAAACAUAUGUUGGAAAGCGUGGAUCCAGCCGACUACGCCAAGAUGGCGGGUAUACUGCAAGCCGCCUCCCACGCAUUGGAGCCUCUCCAUAUCGACCUCUAUUGGCAGUUGGAAAGGGAGUUUGAAGAAUCCGACUAUGCCUAUCGAUGCCCGAUAGGAUCCGGACCACCAGAGCAAAUUUCACAACAGAGAGAGCAGACAAGUCGCAGUAUAAACGAAAAGACAAAGGGCCUACUCAAGCUUGUAAAUCUACGGGUUGAGUUUCUUCAUAGGACAGUGAAGGACUUUGUCAUGACGAAAGAUUUGGAGGGGUAUUUGCGUGACAAGCUUCCAGAUAACUACAACGGCUUUAUCUCCAUCGCAACUGCAUACCUCGGCUUUCUCAAAACGACAUGCCAGGACACCUCA